UGGCUGUCAAAGAGCACACUUUUGGGAUUGAAGGCUGUGCGAAUCUAGUAGAAACAUUCUAACAAACACCAUGAGUGACAUAACAGGACAAUCAUUAAACAACAAUCUGCUUAAACUGGAGUGUCAUUUCACAUGGGCUGUCUUCGAAGAGGAGAUAGAUAUUGAAAAGAUAGAAGGCAGGGUUCAUGAUCAAAUUGCAUAUUUACCUUCUACACAAAGACAUAGGCUUCAUAAUUUAUUGGCCUAUACAAGUUAUUUGAAAGGAGACAAUGAAGAAGCAAUCAGACAGCUUCAAAAAGCUGAAGAGCACCUGCAAGGAACACAGUCUGCUGAUGUGGAUAUCAAAAGAGCUGUGAUCUACAGUAAUUAUGCCUGGCUGUUCUACCAUUCAAACCAGUUGAGGGAUGCUCAGUCUUAUUUAGAAAAAGUGGAAGCCAUUUACAAGAAAUUUGAAUCUUCUCCAGAACAUGAUGUUCUUCUUACUGAGAUAUAUGGAGAACAGGCCUGGGCUCUGUUAACAUUCUAUGGAAAAUACUGUGAAAGAGCUAAAGAGUGUUUUGAAAAAGCGCUAAAGCUAGAUCCAGACAAUCCUGAGCUCAAUUCAGGAUAUGCCACAGUCAUGUAUCGUUUAGAAUAUCAAGAUUUAAUGAUUUAUGGAACCAGUAAAUAUAAUUCUUUAGAACUGUUGAGACGUGCUGUGGAAUUAAAUGAAAAUGAUACUGUGAUUAAAGCUUAUCUUGCGCUGAGAUAUCAAAGUUUGGGUCAAGCUGAGGAAGGAGAAAAGAUUAUGGCGGAGGCUCUUAGACAAACUCCAAACUCACCAUAUUUACUUCGAUACGCUGCCAAAUUUUACAGAAAUGAAGGAAAGAUUGAUGAUGCUAUUACCAUUCUGAAAAAAGCCCUAAACCAAACCCCCAAUUCAGGUUCACUUUACUAUCAGAUUGGGCUUUGUUACAAAAAGAAGAUGAAUAUGUUAAUGAAAUCUGCAAAGACUGCAAAGUCAUCAAAUCAGCCCAAGAACACCUAUACAAGGGACGUAAAUGAAGCCAUUUCAUCUGCUACGUUACAUUUUGAAGAAGCUGUUGCAAAUAUAAAAAAUUUUGUGGAGGCAUAUAUUGAAUUGGGGAGCAUGUAUGGUAGAGCAGGUGAAUUUGAAAAAGCAGAAGUUACAUUUCAGACAGUGCUACAUCUGAAAAAUCUAACAUGUGAAGACAAACAAGAGAUUCAUUUUGGUUAUGCACUUUUUAAGCAACAAGCAGUUAGAUCUGAAUCUGAAGCCAUAAAGCAUUACAAGGAAGUAUUACUCAUACCGAAUAGAACAAGGGUUAGAUCUUAUUCCAGAAAUGAUUUGAAACAGUUGGCUGAACAAAAAGUAACAAAACACCCAUCAGAUGCAACUGGAUUUGGACUGUUAGGGUUCAUUUAUCAGCAGGAGGGAGAAGUUGAACAAGCAAUUGAUUACUAUGAGAAAGCACUGGAACUUGAUCCAGAUAAUGAAGAUUAUAUGAGUGCAUUGUGUUGUCUGAGGCUCAGUUUGACUAGAGACUGAAGCUUAAAACAGAUUUUGAAUACCCGUAUAAUCUUCUCCCAGACCAUCUUCUGUAGUGUGAAUGUAUCAUAAACAACACAUGGUUUUAUUUAGCAGAAGUAAUCAUAGUAUGUAAAAAGCUUGUCACUGCAUAUUUCUAAUCUAAUAUUUCAUAUAAACAUAAACAUAUUUCUAAUGUUUUUAGGUGAUAAAAGUAAAAAAAAAGUUUAUUCCAAGAAACAGUAACCAAUCAUAUGCAUACUAGUAAAUACUUAUUGAUUGAUAUGGUUUUUAUAGUAUUUUCAAAGUAUUUUUAUGAAUUUUGUAGACUAUGGCAGAUACAGAAACACCUAGGGGGUUAAUUACUAAACUCUUAUAAAAUCAGACUUCUAAAAUGUCACAAAUUUUUCAGAAUUUAUUAAA